AUGGCAGGCGAUAAAGCUGCAAAGCAGGAUACUAAGGAGAAGACUGAAGCCAAGAAGGCUGAUACCAGUGGCAAGGUUAAAAAGGGUGACCCCAAGGCUAAAAAGCCCAAGAAGGGGAAGCCCCAUUGCAGUCGAAACCCUGUCCUAGUCCGGGGCAUCGGCAGAUACUCCCUGUCUGCCAUGUAUUCCAGGAAGGCCAUGUACAAGAGGAAAUACUCGGCCACUAAAUCCAGGAUCGAAAAGAAAAAGGAAAAGGUUCUUGCAACUGUCACAAAAACGGUUGGUGGAGACAAGAAUGGUGGUACCCGGGUGGUUAGACUGCACAAAAUGCCUAGGUAUUAUCCUACUGAAGAUGUGCCUCGAAAGCUGUUGAGCCAUGGCAAAAAACCCUUCAGUCAGCAUGUGAGAAAGCUGCGAGCUAGCAUCACUCCCGGGAUGAUGAUCAUCCUCACUGGACGCCACAGAGGCAAGACAGUGGUUUUCCUGAAGCAGCUGAGCAGUGGCUUGCUACUUGUAACUGGACCGCUGGUUCUCAGUGGAGUUCCACUGCAUAAAACACACCAGAAAUCUGUCAUCAUCACCUCCAUGAAAAUUGAUAUUAGCAAAGUAAAAAUCCCAAAGCACCUUACCGAUGCUUACUUCAAGAAAAAGAAACUGCGGAAGCCCAGACACCAGGAAGGUGAGAUCUUUGACACAGAGAAGGAGAAAUACGAGAUUUCAGAGCAGCGCAAGAUUGAUCAGAAAGCUGUGGAUUCGCAAAUUUUACCAAAAAUCAAAGCUGUUCGUCAGCUCCAGGGCUACCUGCGAUCCGUGUUUGCCCUUACAAAUGGAAUCUAUCCUCACAAAUUGGUGUUCUAG